CCGCCCAGGGUGCUUCCGGUUUCUCCGCGGAACUGCCUGGGGACUCGCUUGGGCUUUUCAUGGAAGAGAUGUCAGGAGAAAGCGUGGUGAGCUCAGCAGUGCCGGCAGCUGCGACUCGCACCACCUCCUUCAAAGGGACCAGCCCGAGCUCCAAAUAUGUCAAACUGAAUAUUGGUGGCGCCCUCUACUACACCACAAUGCAGACCCUGACCAAGCAGGACACCAUGCUUAAGGCCAUGUUCAGCGGCCGCAUGGAGGUUCUCACCGACAGUGAAGGCUGGAUUCUGAUCGACCGCUGUGGCAAACACUUCGGGACCAUAUUAAAUUACCUGCGUGAUGGGGCCGUGCCUCUUCCUGAGAGCCGGAGAGAGAUUGAAGAGCUGCUGGCUGAGGCAAAGUAUUACCUGGUUCAGGGUCUGGUGGAUGAGUGCCAGGCAGCUCUACAGCAGAACAAAGAUGCAUAUGAGCCAUUCUGCAAAGUACCAGUCAUCACUUCUUCUAAGGAAGAGCAAAAACUUAUAGCAACAUCCAAUAAGCCAGCAGUAAAGUUGCUGUAUAACAGAAGUAAUAACAAAUAUUCCUACACCAGUAAUUCUGACGACAACAUGCUGAAGAACAUCGAGCUGUUUGAUAAGCUGUCACUGCGGUUUAACGGGAGAGUCCUCUUUAUUAAGGAUGUGAUAGGAGAUGAGAUUUGCUGCUGGUCUUUCUAUGGACAGGGGCGUAAGAUUGCUGAGGUCUGCUGCACCUCCAUUGUCUAUGCUACUGAGAAGAAACAGACAAAGGUGGAGUUCCCAGAAGCCCGAAUUUAUGAAGAGACACUGAACAUUUUGCUCUACGAGGCUCAGGAUGGACGAGGACCCGACAACGCGCUUCUGGAGGCUACAGGAGGGGCAGCGGGCCGCUCUCAUCACCUGGAUGAGGAUGAGGAGCGGGAGCGCAUUGAACGUGUGCGAAGGAUUCAUAUUAAGCGUCCAGAUGACAGGGCACAUCUUCAUCAGUGAGGAGUGACCGCUGCAGACUGCACAGCCCUCUUGGGAAAGCUGGGACCUGACCUGCUCCAUUAUUUACAGUUGAUAACUAGUCAACUUAUUUAUGUUCAGUGAAGUCUAUAAAAUUAUAUUUUAUACCAGACUAGAAUAUUUUGGGGUAUUUAACAUGAAGUAGAGGUAUUAGAGGAAUAAAGAAGGUAUCAAGGGUCAGAUCAAUGCAU